AACGCGAUUUCGGUCGUCGAAUUUAGUUUGAAGCGGACGCAUCGUCGGGCUGGCAUAUAUCGAAACUGCAAUUGCAUUUUUUUAAUAUUUUUACUCGUAAUCAAGCGUUAGUUGUUGCUGCGCGCGUGAAGUCGAAUUGUAUAGAAGUAUCGGAAAACGACAUUAUUUAAAACCAUUAGGAAUAUACAAUUGGACUUUGGCGUUUUAUUACUUUUACAUAUUUUCGAUAGCGCGCGCGGUGAUAUUUCCCACGUAAAACCACCAAAUCACAACACAGCUCAAAAAAUAAGUUAAAGACGUUGCCAACGUUACGCACGCGUACAAAUACAAUUUACCAAUAAAAAAUGCAGCUAUAAGUGCUUUGAUAUGCGAAGAAUGCUGAAUUAAGUGAAAGUGUAAGAAAAUCGAAUAAAACACAAUAAACAAAGCCGAUUUUAGGCAAUAUUCGGCUCAACUACCUGUUCUGCAACAAAUACAUAAACAGAAACAACAACAACACCGAGAUCCAACUGUUGCGCUUCGCCGGCUAUCUUCGUCUCCCUCUCUCCUUAGACUGCGCGCGUGUGUGUGUGUGUUCCUGUAUUUUCACCAUUCAGUUGUUGUUGUGGCUUUUCGCCAAGUGCAAAUAAUUCGUUUUUUUUUGUUUUUAACCAAAUUCAUGUUCAGCUAACGGUUAAAGCCACUCGUCUGCUCCAAUUGGAUACGCAAAUAUAUUUCAACAGCUGCAGUAAGCUUUCCACCAAACAUGGCACCAAUGCCCCGAAUUCAGUUACCCAAUGGAAAUUCUUCCAUAAAGGCUAGCACAAAUGAUUUUCUCUUUGCGGAAACAAUGUCCGGCGACAGUAGUCCCACCCCCAGCAGUCCGCCAUCCAGUACAGCAGGCGUUGCCAAAUCUCAGUGUUCUUCCCUUUCGGAUGGCGAAUCCUUUGAGGGAUAUGGCGAAAAUGAGUAUCCCACCCAACUUCGCGAAGCCCGCAGCUCCAAUUCCAAUGGGAGCCAUAAUAUGAGCAAUCAUAUUAACAAUAAUUCUAAUAUCAGCGUGGGCAACAACAGUGGACACAACCACAGUGGACACUCGAACGAUGGAAAUAACAACCUAAAUGGCAGCACUGGCGUCGAACUCGAUUUGGCUCCACACGUCGGCUCAUCAACACCUCAAGAUGAUGACGAACUAAACAUAAUGCCCCGGGAUAAUUGGGCCAGGCGCAGUCUGCGACGAACUCCCACCAGCAAUCCUGAUAGUUUAUCCCAGCGUCGUUGGGGAUCCAUGAGACAUUCCGGCCGCAGGCAAAUUAGUUCAAAUGCCUUAGCCAGCCAACUCUAUAGAUCAUCGAGCUUUAACUCAUCGGGCCGUAGCUCCAACUGUGAUACAACAGAAGACAUGUACAGCGACAUAAGCUUGGAGAAUCGUCAUGACUACGAUUAUAGGCUGGAACUGCUGCAGCGCAAGGUGGACGAUCUGUCAGAUACACAGAAUAUAGCUGAGGAUCGGACAACCCGCACCAAGACCGAAUAUGCAGUCCUUCAGGCGCGUUAUCACAUGCUCGAAGAGCAGUACCGAGAGUCGGAACUGCGUGCCGAGGAGCGUUUGGCAGAGGAGCAGAAGCGGCACCGCGAGAUUUUGGCCCGCGUGGAGCGUGAAGCCUCGCUGCAGAACGAGAACUGCCAGAUGAAGAUCCGUGCCACCGAGAUCGAGGCAACGGCACUGCGGGAAGAAGCCGCCCGACUGCGUGUCCUGUGUGACAAGCAGGCCAAUGACCUCCAUCGCACCGAGGAACAGUUGGAGCUGGCGCGCGACCAAAUCGGCGUCCUGCAACAGGAGCACGAGGAGCAGGCACAGGCACUGCGCCGCCACGAACAGGAGAAGAAGUCCACCGAGGAGCUGAUGCUGGAGCUGGGCCGGGAACUGCAGCGUGCUCGCGAGGAGAGUGGAGCCCGGGCAAUGCCGACCACAUCGCCGGAGAGCAUAAGACUGGAGGAGCUGCAUCAGGAGCUCGAGGAGAUGCGCCAGAAGAACCGAACCCUCGAAGAACAGAACGAGGAGCUGCAGGCCACGAUGCUGACCAACCAGGCCACCAUGCUGACAAAUGGCGUGGAGCAGGGUCGCCAUCUGCUGAACGGAACACUCAACAGUUUGGCUCAGGAGCUCGAGGAGAUGUCACAAGCCCAGGAUUCUGUGGAUUCAGCCACAUUAGCAUCCUUAAGUCAGCUACAACAGGCCUUCCAGGAAAAGGAGGAUGAAAAUGUUCGGCUUAAGCACUAUAUUGAUACCAUUCUACUCAACAUCGUGGAGAACUAUCCUCAAUUGCUGGAAGUCAAGCCCAUGGAGCGAAAGUAGUGCAGUCUACUGGAAGAAUAAACCAACCCUAGGCACUCGGCAGAGUGUCACAACCACCUAACAUUACCUAAAAUUAAUAAACUAACUAAACCAUACUCUAUGUUAACUUUUUAAGCUACACUCUAUACAUGUAUUUAUGCCUAACUUAAGUCAUAAUUUAUUUUAUAACAAUUUAAUGUAGAUUUUUAAACCAAAACAACGCAGAGAACACAAAGAUUGCAUGUCAAAAUGAUAAAAAAGUCCUUAAUUUGAUUAGAUUAUGUUUUGUAUAAAGAGAGUCCAAAAUUAUGUAAAAGUUUAUUUUCCUUCGUUUCUAGUUUGCGUUUUGUAUAGUUCGUGUUGUUGAUCCAUAAAGAUAUUACUUAUAAAUAUUGUUAGAUUUUAAGUCGUAAAAAAUCUUUCACUUAUUAAUGAAAUGGAACCCAAUAAUUUAUUGAUAAUUGCCAGAAAAUCUAAUUGUGAAUGUGUAUAGCAUAAAGAGAUUUUAUGAACUGUUGAUGCUUGACAGGAAAUAUUUCCAAUUUCGUCAUGGCAGCUAAGAAGGUUUUUGCUAGGACAAGUGCUCCAUUUUUCAAAUCUUUCCAUCACAUGCAUACUUCUUAAAUCUUUCUAUCCAUAUUUUGCACUCUCCGAAAAGAUCUUCCCUAGUUUGCCUGUAAUGUAGUUACAAAAAUCUAUCAAAAAAUUUGCGUUUAUGGUAUGGACAAUCCCAGGAUACAAAGACGGAGUUUUAGUUUGAUGUGAGUCUAAAUGAGAGCAAUUAUCACGAGGAGUUUAUCAAUUCAGAAGUUAUAUCUUAAUCCACACACAUAUGUCAAUGUAUAGCACAGAUAAAACUAAUCUUACUCUGCAUAUAAAACAACAUUAAAUGGACAUAAUGUGCAAACGUUUAGGGAUGACACAUGAUAGCUCCAACGAAAGCGAUCCCUAAUAGUCUUAGCAACUGAAUAACUCAAGCGGUCAACCCUAAUUUAGCUAUAAUAAUAUCCAAGAAAACUCGAUAAUCGAUGUGUAAUCGUUAAUCAAAAUUUUAUUGCCUUAAACGGAUGUUUUAAAAAAUGUACUAAGGCUUAGAUAACUCUAACAAAAAAGUCCAUAAGGUUUAAUGACAUGCUGCGAAAUAUGGAAUUUUAAAUGUAAUUUACUAGAUGCAAGUCGCUGAACUUAUAUCAAAAUAAAAAGAAGAAUAUUUUAU